AUGUCUCAACCUAUAUUAAUCCCCUACUUUGUAUAUCACUCCGUUCGAUUGGCAUACACCUCGACACCAAGCGGUGAAGAAGACUUUUUGCCCUUGAUGCUUAAGGGAUAUGAAUCAAUAUUAGCCUAUUGUGCUCCUGUGUUUAUAAUAAUAGAGGGCCUUGCGACAUCAUUGGUCUUAGAAGUGGCUCGGAAAGCAGUGAAAAAACGUGACCAUUUACAGCUUCCAUUAUUCAUAGGUUCAAUAGUCUUAUACCUUGUAUCGGGACUGGCUGUGACUUAUGUUUACAAUACCAAUUGGGUCGAUUCACUGUCAGCAACUCUUGUGGGGGUGUCAUUAACGUUAACGAUAUCCAUUACUGUGUUUUUGUUUGUCGGUCGGAAAGGUGUCAUUACAGAUACAGCCUUAAUGUUUACGUAUAUAGUGUAUUGCAUCGCGAUGAUGUCCUUUGAUUGGCAAAAUGCGCGUGAUAAACCAUCGCCGACUGAAACAAUCCAAUCGGACGGUUCACUUCCUCUGCCGUUGAUGAUAUUCAGAAAAUUAGAUUUCGAACAUGUUGUAGGCUUUAUCGUUCAAUAUGUACAAUCGGUCAAAUUUGUAUCGGCUAUCCAAAAAACCCUCGCAUUGGACGUGUUUGUGGCCCUUGUUUAUCGCAUGAGUGUUUUCAUAUCAGCUGCUUAUUUUGUAUCCAAGUUUAAGCAAGCGAGAUUGGAAGCCGAGGCUGGGAUUAGUCACAAGGACGACGAAGAGAUUGGGCUGAGGUUCCUCAAUAUAAUUACUUCAAUCACAACACCGACGCUCAUUGCUGUCUAUACACAUUUGCUCUUGUGCCAUUUUGGAUAUUUAGACGGUAGAAACUUCAUAUGGCGAUGGCUUAACAUAUUUUGUUUUCUCUUCAUUCAUACUGCAGAGAUAUUAUAUGACGAUGACGAUGCUUGGGAUUUUGAAAAGGAAGGAUUGGGGAGAAGGUUCUUUGACGAUUAUUAUGAGGCUGAUUGA